AUGGAAAAGCUGGCUGAGUGGGGAAUACGUGCUCUGGAACACACCGGUGUCAACACUGUGUGGAACGCACCACGGGAUAUCCACACGUUGUUUCUGCUGCGCAUGAUCAGAUGGUAUGGGUACAGCGGAGUCUCACUAGUUCUAGCCUUCUACCUCACAGAAGUAGGGAUUGAUACUGCAAUUGUGGGCUUCUAUAUGACAUUCUUUCUACUGGGUGAUAUGGUGGUGAGUUUACGUCUCACUUCAAGGGCAGACUCCUUCGGAAGAGCGCGUACACUUAUGCUUGGAUCUGGGAUCAUGGCCUUGACAGGUCUUAUCUUUGCUACCUUCUCAAACCCGACAGUAUUGCUUGUAACCGGGAUAGUGGGUUUUAUAACACCCGGAGGGGGUGAGGCCGGACCUUUUAGAAACGUGGAGUUUGCCUCAAUUGCCAGUCUUUCCACUGUGACCGAAAGCUCGGAUUACUACACCUGGUUAUCUCUCUUGGGUAUUUUGACUUUUGCUCUCGGGUCCAUCGUGAACGGCUGGACCAUGACUCUUCUCAUGAAGUACUAUGGUUGGACCAAACCGGAAGCGUGCAAAUCCGUGUUUUGGGUCCAGUUCUUUACCUCCUUGCUGUGUCUGUUGACAGCAUCCCAGUUGAGCUCUCGGAUAGAGAUAGCACCGUUACGACCAAGAAGCCAUGCACUCGAUUCAUCAGGAUCGCUCGUCUCUGAUGAUGAAGAUGAAAUUCUGGACUCCCUUCAUAUUGUUGAUCCGGAAGGACCACAAGCUUCUUCCAUGCUUUUUGGCUCCAAAAACUUCUGGCCUGUCAUUCGAAUCUCGUUUUUCUAUGCCCUGGAUUCGUUUUGUAGAUCCAUGGUCAACGAUGGCUGGGUUUCAUUUUAUCUUAUUCACAAGUUUGCACCUGACCCUUCUCAACUGGGCUUAAUUUUCUUCACGUCCGAUUCUCUCUCCGCGGUGUUUUCCGUUUUGGGAACUGCUCUGUGCAAGAAAUACGGCCCUUUCACAUCACUAAUUAUAGCCCAUAUUCCAGCCACAGUGCUGGUUUUGUUUUUACCCAUACCGAAGACAUUGGUGGUUACGGUAGUUUUUCUUCUGAUGAGAGGAAGUUUCAAAUCCAUGGAUAUGGGGCCGAAGAGUGUGUUUGUAAGUGCUGUAGUUCCGCCUGAAGAACUUUCCGGAGCCAUAGCAUGGAGCAAUUUAGGAGAAGCUGUGGGUCAGGGCCUAGCUCCACCAGUAACAGGAUUUUUAGCUGGAAUGAAUAGCCAAUGGGUUACGUUUGUGGUCAGUGGUCUAUUGCGGGUUUCUGUGUAUGAAGUCGGAAUAGUUUUGAGUUUCUGGGCAGUUCGUCAUGAGUUGGACGGAAAAACGAAGUAA